UCUCAGUCUAACUUUGUUAGUGUUCACUUCGUUUAAAGUUCUUAACUUGCAAUCAUGACUGGUCGUGGUAAGGGAGGAAAAGGAUUGGGAAAAGGAGGAGCCAAGCGCCAUCGUAAAGUUCUUCGUGAUAACAUCCAAGGUAUUACUAAACCAGCUAUCCGUCGUCUGGCUCGUCGUGGUGGAGUCAAACGUAUCUCCGGUCUGAUCUACGAAGAAACCCGUGGAGUUCUUAAGGUCUUUCUUGAAAACGUUAUUCGUGACGCAGUUACUUACACCGAGCACGCCAAGCGUAAGACUGUCACCGCCAUGGACGUUGUCUACGCUCUGAAACGUCAAGGCCGUACUCUUUACGGUUUUGGAGGUUAAGUUCAUCAUUCGACUCAGCAAAUAUUAAACAAAACGGCCCUUUUCAGGGCCACCAAAUUUUUUAUACGUGAAAGACAAUUCAAGAUAAAAUUCUUAUAUUAACAAAUAUGCUACUCCUUCCUUGAAAUUCUAUUUUUACAAUUACAAAUUUUUACCAGCAUCAAAUAUAAUAAUAUAUAGUGAAUAUAAUUCUUAUCCACGUACUAAAAUUUGUAAUGUCUCCUGAACAGUUUAAUUUAUUAUUGUAAUAAAUAUUAAUAUCAAUCAUAUUUAAAUAAAUCGAAGAAUAUUUCGUUUCCAUAUGAGUUAGAGUAAAGGCCCGAAUUACUCACUAUAAUGAAGGUGGAUAACAUUUUAAUUUUUUUUUUCGCACAUAAAGUUAAAAUAAUUUUUUGUCUGUUGCGUCUAUUGAUGUUUGCGUUUAGAUAAUUUUUUAUUGUUAAUUUUUUCAAAUUUAAUGAUAAAUAUGAUGAUGUGAAGCCAAUCAUUCAGUUGCAUCUACUAUUAACAGCGCAAAUAACCUGCGGGCCCGAUUAGUGACAUGCUGUUGAUCCUAUGAUUGUCAAGUCUGGCGCGCACGCGCAUUAAUUUAUUGAAUAAAAAUCAAUCAAAUAUG